CUUAAAUCCCUACCUUCAAAUCACUCCGGACCUCCUUCCCCAAAUUCAAGUAACAAUUUUAUUGUUGAAAUUUUGACCUCACUGAAAUUGACGUAUUCCGGUGGGUCUGAGCCCGCCGACAUCGUAUCCGGCGAAUCAAACUCCGACUGGAGUGUCCUGAUCUCCAGGUUUGGCCGUCUCCCCGCUUCGUCAACUCUCGAGAGCAAUCCCGAGGAGUGAAAGAAAAUGAAAUUCUUGGAUUGGUACGUGAAGAUUGCAAUUGUUUCAGCGGCCAUUGGAGGCUCCAUGGAGCUGUUCAUGAUCAAAACUGGCUUCUAUGAUAAGGUGACUGUUUUGGAGGCAGAGAAGAAGGCUUGGGAGAACUCCCCCGAAGCCAAGGCCAUUAAAGAGGCUCUCAACCCGUGGAGACAACACGACGCUCAACAAAAAAGAGAUUCUUAGUUUGCUCUCAUUCUGAACGAUCGAGUAAUGAAAAUUCUGUGAUGGCAACUUGAGGAAGAUAGAAGAUAGAUCUUCAAGAUCCUGUCAAUCAAGUUCAUCAUAGUAAUGCAGUGAUUUUUUUAAAGGUUUUGUUGUAACAUGGUCUGAAGUGUUAGUACACCCAUGCCCCUGAAAGGUUGAAUCCUGAAAUGUACUUUUGUCUCUAGUACCACUAUCUCCCAAAAAAGAUUUAUUUUUCACUAUUUACAAAAUCAAAUUUUUAUCAUAUU